UUGGAAUGUGUGUGGAAUGCCAUGCUUUAUUUAUUAUUAUUAAAGUACUACGUUUUAAGUGCAUUUUACGUAAUUCCGCUAGGAUGCAAUUAGUUAUUCGUAUUUCGUAGUAUUCAUUGAACCACCAGUACGUUUCUUCCAAAAUGGGAGAAUCCAAUAAUGACGGUGAGAAAAAACUCAUCAGUCAAAAAGACACUAUCACUGAUAAGGAUUUGGCUCUGAGUUUUGUGGAAGAUAGGCAUCUGGGGCCCGUAAUUGGUAUAGAAUGUGUAACACAAAUGUGGAGGAUGAAGGAAAGAAUGAAAACUGUGAGUGUUGCUCUCGUUUUAUGUUUGAAUGUGGGAGUAGAUCCACCUGAUGUAGUUAAAACCCAACCAUGUGCUAAGCUAGAGUGUUGGAUAGAUCCAUCAUCAAUGUCUUCAUCAAAAGCUCUGGAAAAAAUCGGGCAAAAUUUGCAGGCUCAAUAUGAAAGAUGGCAGCCUAGGGCACGGUAUAAACAGUCUCUAGAUCCUACCUCUGAUGAGGUGAAAAAAUUAUGCACCUCCCUUCGCAGAAAUGCUAAAGAAGAGAGGGUUCUCUUCCAUUAUAAUGGCCAUGGUGUUCCUAAACCUACCUCAAAUGGUGAAAUAUGGGUUUUUAAUAGGACUUAUACACAGUAUAUUCCUCUAUCAAUAUAUGAUUUACAAACUUGGAUGGGAGCACCAUCUAUUUAUGUGUAUGAUUGUUCCAAUGCUGGAAUCAUUGUUGAUUCUUUCAAACAGUUUGCUAAUCAACAUCAAACAGAAUAUGAGCAAUCGAUCUCCCAGCAACCGAACCCUGCAAACUCGCACGCCCCGCCCACUUUCAAGCACUGCAUCCAAUUGGCUGCCUGCGGGGCACAUCAAGUGUUGCCGAUGACUCCCGAGCUGCCCGCCGACCUGUUCACCGCCUGUCUGACCACGCCCAUCAAGGUGGCCUUGAGGUGGUUCGUGCUGCAACCCACGUCGAAGCUGAUGCCCAAAGUGACGCCUGACCUCAUCGACAAAAUUCCUGGACAAAUUACUGACAGACGGACAAUGAUGGGAGAACUUAAUUGGAUCUUCACCGCAAUAACAGACACAAUCGCCUGGAAUACUCUACCGAGAGACCUGUUCCAAAAGCUGUUUCGGCAAGACCUUCUGGUAGCCAGCCUCUUCCGCAACUUCCUUCUAGCCGAGCGGAUAAUGAGAUCUUGCGAUUGCACGCCCGUGAGCAGUCCUGCCUUGCCCUCCACCUACCAACACCCUAUGUGGAACGCUUGGGAUUUGGCGUUGGACCUCAGUUUGGGCCAGCUGCCUGGCAUCAUCGAGAACGAUGAGCCCUUUCGGCAUCUGCACUUUUUCGAGGAACAGUUGACGGCUUUCCAAGUGUGGCUGGAUUUGGGCUCAGAAGAGCGCAAUCCGCCUGAGCAGCUGCCGAUCGUGUUGCAAGUUUUACUGAGCCAGGUGCACAGGAUGAGGGCCCUCGAAUUGCUGGGCAAGUUCCUCGAUUUGGGCCCGUGGGCCGUCAAUCUGGCACUGUCCGUCGGCAUUUUUCCCUACGUGCUGAAGUUGCUGCAGAGUUACGCGAAGGAGUUGCGGCCGCUGCUCGUGUUCAUCUGGGCGAAAAUAUUGGCUGUCGAUAAUACGUGCCAAUCAGAUCUGGUUCGUGAUAAUGGACAUAAAUAUUUUUUGUCUGUUCUCCAAGAUACUUCAUUAUCAGCCGAGCACCGCACGCAAGCGACCUUCGUUCUCGCCUGCAUCGUCAACGAUUUCCGUGAGGGCCAGGAGGCUGCCCUUCAGGGCUCCCUGGUCAGCGUGUGUCUGGAACAGGUGGGCGACCCUUGCGCCCAGCUCAGGCAGUGGGUGGCCGUCUGUCUGGGCAGGCUGUGGGACCACUACGAGAAGGCAAGGUGGACUGGUGUGAGAGAUAUCGCUCACGAGAAGCUGUACACCCUGCUCAAGGAUGAUUGUCCGGAGGUGAGAGCGGCCGCCGUAUACGCCCUGGGCACCUUCAUCAAUUCGGUGAUCAAGCGGUCCGAGCACGCCAACAACGUGGACCACAGCGUAGCGAUGACCUUGGUCAACACGGUGGCCGGCGACACGAGUCCCCUAGUGCGAAAAGAGUUAGUUAACUCGCUGCAGUGGGUGGUUUUGGCCUUUGAACCCGCCUUCGUCAAUGUGGCCUUGCACGAACAUAAUAAUGUGUCGCCCGGUAGAGAUUGUCUUCUCGAUACCAGUAGUCUGAAGAGGAUUGGGAGCAGGGAUCGACUGAAAAUCGGAGAUAGCGACUCGCUGGAACGAAUGAAACGAGUGGCUUCCAGCUCGGCGAUCAACAAUCUCGGCCAACAAGGUCUGAUACAGAACCAUUCGAGCGGCAGCCUGAGCACGCUGUCGACCAUUGGUUAUGGCUCGGUGUACAUGAAGAUUUGGGCGGCCUUGACCGUCCUCGAGACGGAUCCCUAUCCCGAGGUGGCGCAGAUGUGCUGCAAGGUCACCGGCCACAUAAGGGCCAUCGUUAAGGAACAACGCGACAUGGCCGACACUCGAGCGAACAGCAUGAACAAUUCCAGCUUGAGUCUGCCGCCCAGUCCCAACAAGGGCAAUUAUUUCACAGGGGAAAGUCCGCCCACGCUUCAUCCCACCGGAGAUUUGCAAAAUUUGAGCAGAUCGGCGAUAUCGAAUCGAAGCAGGAAAUUGCAAAAGAAUGCGAUUGUCGAAGACAGCGAGGACAAGGUCCAGCUGUGCCGCAAACCGUUGGUCAGGACGAAAUUCAUCGAGUGGUCUUCCAAAAGGUUCGCGCAGUCCAAUAAGAAAGACAAGAUUUCGAAUGACACUGAAUCAGCAGUUUUUUACGAGAAAGACUGGAGACAUACGAGGAACAAUAAUAUUAGAACGGAAGCCAGCGAUGAACAACGGAAAGCUUUGGGUUCCAAAAUCGAAUCGCAAGUUUUCCACAUCCGAACCGCAGUGCCGCCUAGUCUACUCAAAUUGCAUCCUUUCGAUCAGCAGAUCGCCGUAGCAGGAAAUGACAAUUUCGCCAUAUUCGACUGGGGCACCGGAGCGAAAACCACAUCCGGACAAAUAAAAUCCUCGCGCUCCGGCAGAGUGACGUCAUUGGAGUGGAUCAACGCCCACGACGUCGGCAUGCUUAUGGUAGGCGCCGAAGACGGCGGCGUCAGAUUGUGGCGUCCCGACGUCGGCGUCAGUCGUGAGCCUAAAUUGGUCACCGCUUGGCAGGCGGUCUCCGAUUCCAAGGGCAACAAUUCCGGCAUACUAAUGACUUGGGAGCAGUGGACCCAAACUCUGAUCACGUGCGGUGAUUCCAGAAAUAUAAGGUUUUGGGAUACCGAACGAGAAUUGAGAGCUAUGGACCUUCCUACUGGUACCGAUAAAGCAGCUACCUGUAUAGACUCAACUUUCUCCAGCAUAUGCCACGAGAACUAUAGAAAAAACUACGAUUUCUCAACCAUUAACGGCGAUGACUUCAUUCGCGACAAUAUACAGAUGUGCCCCGGCCCGAAGCUGGGCAUGUGCGCGAUCGGCUGCGCAGACGGCUCCGUUAGGUUGUUCGAUCGCCGAUGCAGCCCGAACGAGGCGCGAGUCAAAGUAUGGUUGGAGCAUCCAGGCAGCGUGCUCAGCAUCCAGCUGAGGGACAAUCUCAUAGUCAGCGGAAGCACUGCAGGUGAUGUCCGAAUAUACGAUAUUAGAAAAAACGACUCCAUUCAUACGAAUCAGGCCGUUCAAAAUUGUGGAAUGUCUUGUUUGGCCAUCCAUCGUAGUGCAAAUAUUUAUGCAUGCGGUUCCGCCAAUCAAUUCAUCAACAUGUACAAACUCAAAGGCACCUUGAUCAACACCAUCCGCAUCUACGAGGGUUUCAUGAGCCACCGCAUCGGCCCGGUGUCGUGCCUCGACUGUCAUCCGCAUCGCGUCGCUCUCGCCGCAGGAACGUCGGACUGUUGCGUCAACGUGUACGCGCUGGAGGGCGGCAAAAGGUGACGCGAAUCGACGCCCUAGGUGUCGUUCUGGGGCCUGUUGAGUUACUGAGCGGCGUUGCCGAUAUCGUCGAGCGAGCGGUUAAAGAUGACGAACUCUGUUGGAAGAACAACAGGGGUAUCGCUCAAAAUUAGAAAAGCUGUAUAAUAUCCGAUUGCGACAGUUUUGAUUUGUCAAACGCGGCCUUUGUUUUUACACGAAUCGACUUUUUAUUUUCGCUACAAACACUACCGGAAGUAGGGUUAGGUUUCUCAAGUUUGAUGUCGAUUAUCAUUUUAUCACACCAAUUCUGAAAGAUGGGUCAGUGCAAAGCUAGUUAGGUGUGUUUUUAUAUCUA